AGAACAAUCACAUGUCACAGCUAGUCAAAGGGGAAGACAAACAGAACUAGGAAAAACAAAGAUUCAAUAAGCUCGUCAAUGGUGAUGGACCGGACUAGUCAGGUCUACAUAUCAGGGGAGGCGAUCAUUGGAGCAGUCACCUGUCUUGGAAAUGGGCUGGUUAUUGUGGCGGUGUUGCGCAACAGACGACUACAAACUGUAACCAACUGCUUUAUAGUGAGCCUUGCUAUUGCAGAUUUUGUGGUUGGUGUGGUCGUUGCACCCAUAGCUGCCUUGACGUACAUUGGCAUACCUCACGAUUUUCUUGGGUGCGUUUUCAUGAAUUCCAUUGUUGUUGCCUUCACACAGGUCUCCAUUUUCAACCUCCUGGCAGUGGCCUUUGAGAGAUUCUUUGCAAUUAAGCACCCUUUUGAGUAUCACAAAUAUCUGACCAUUCAUCGGGCAAUCUAUAUCAAUGUCAUCGUCUCGGUGAUUGGACUUUUAUUUGGAAUGAUUCCCGUCUUUGGUUGGAACCUGAGGAGCGAAAUGACUGACAAAUGGAAAUGCAAUUUUGUGACAACUGUUGACAUGAACUAUGUCGUGUAUUUCCAUUUCUUUGGCUGCAUUGUGACCCCACUGUUGAUCAUAGUUGGAAUCUACAUUUACAUAUUCCAGGUUGUCAGAAAGCAGAUGUCACAGAUAGUGGCCUUAGAAAUCGCUGCGCCAAGUCAAUCUAAAUCCACUGUCAAAUCGAAAUUCAAACGAGAAAUCAAAGCUGCAAAAUCACUGGCCCUCGUUAUUCUACUGUUUGCAUUGUGCUGGAUACCAAUACAUGUGCUAAACACCAUCAGCCUGACUUGUGGACCAUCUUGUCUCUAUCCUACUGAGCUGUUAUUGUUUACCAUUCUCCUCAGCCACGCAAACUCCGCCUUUAACCCCAUACUAUACGCCUAUGGGAACAGCAACUUCAAGCAGGCCUUCAUGAAAAUGCUCUGCAAUAAGAAUAUCACGCCCGAACACAUCUCAACGUUUCCUAGCUCUCAACCCAAGAAUCGUAACCAAUCCAGCGAUGACAAGGAACCAAACAACAUAGGGGGCAAAGAACCGAGAAGUGUCUCACCCAAAGAUAUUCCUAAUGACCAAACAGGAAAUGGUGUUUGCAGGACACCAACAGUUUCAAGGGCAGACUCGUUUACCAUUAGGAAUAACACAAAGCAUGUCUCAAUGCAGAUUUUUACAGUUGACAAAGAGCAAAUGCAAUCUGACACCUUAUCUUGACAUGUUUCUUUACAAUAAGACCAUAAAUUUAUCAUUUUGUACCUUAGAUCUUAAAUCACCUUGAUUUGCAUACAGCGCAGAAUGAUAAUUUAUAGGGGAUAAAUCUGAUAUUGAAAGAUAUGAGCCAUUUCAAUGAGUUAUAAACAUAUUUGACAUAAUGAUUUGAGGAUUUAGCAUGGAACUAUGGUAUUUUGUAUAGAUAUGAACAGUGCCGGUGAAAACCAGGCUUAAUGCAUGUAUGCAAGGUAUCAUCCCAGAUUAGCAAGUGCAAUUUGCAGUUUUGUGAUAUUGUAAGAAAUACUCCAAUAUGUUGUGUACUCAAGGUUUGUUAGCUCAAAUGAUGUAUUUCAAUUAUUUAUAUUAUUUAUAAAUACACUAUUUAUAUGUCUGGUCAAUUUAGUGAGCAAAAUCAUUGUGUUGCCUUUAUGAUAACCAUACAUAAAAACACUAUUGGCAUUUACUUUCAAGGCAUUGAAAUAUAAUCACACAUUCCAUAACUAUAAUAUACCCUAAUUUCAAAACUGCAGGUUUGGUCAUACGUCAUAAAAAUAUUUUAUCCUAAUACUUCAGCAGAAUAGAUAGGACAACAAACAUAUAACUUUUUUAUUAUAUUAUAUACUCUCCAUAUUGUUUUUAUCACAUUUUUAUUUUGUAUUUUAAGGUCACUAUGUAUUUAAAUGAGCCAUAGUACUCAAUGUUGGAGAAAAAACAACAUAACCAACAACUGGAAAAGCCAUGUGAUGGUUUGACAGGAUUCAAGUUUUUCAUGUUCUUGACCUCACUCGUUAGCCCUCUGCAUCUCAGAAGCAAAGUGAAAAUGGCUAUAUGAAAACAGCAUCAAACCAGAACAGCCUGUGAGUAACUUGCAGUCUGUUCAGGUUUUAUGCUGUUUGCUGCUGAUAAGUACCUAAGGGUUGGAAAUGAAGCCUUUAAAACUGCAAUCUAGUAAGAAAGGUCUUUAAUUAAAUUUAACUUUCUUAGGGACUACAAAUGCGUGAAAAUACGUAUCAAAGUAGUAAAAGGUUAAAAGGCACUUAUAGGAUAAAUUGAGUGUUAGGUGAGUAUUGACAAAAUAAGAGAGUAAUCUUUCUAGCCAGAAACAUUUGAGAUCAUGUCCUGCAUGGCACUCAUCUGUUGCUAAGACUUAUAUGACAAUAUUCACCUUAUAUUCUCUAUAUGUAUACAUUUAAAGAAGGUUUCUGUAUGUUAAGUCAGAUGAAUGCUACCUUCUGUUUUAUGAUUAUUGAAAGAAACCUGCAAUUAAAUUCUUACACUAUACAUAUAUAAUAGAAUAUACAUGUGUAUUGAUAAUUAUUACCAACAGCACAAAUGUAUAUUAAAAUAUAUAUGCAACUUUUUUAAAUAAUUAAACUAACAUACAUAGGUGUUCAAUAUGACAUCACAAAACAAAAUGUAUAUAUUAAAUUAUGAAAAAAUAUCAAAAUUUCAGACUUGAAAAUCUUAAUUAAUUAUAGCAGUAACACAUUUAAUAUAAAGAGGUAUAAAUUAAUUGAACUAUUUAUGGGAAUAAAUAAAGAAUGUGAGAUCAUUUGACAUGAAGAAAAUUGUGGUCUAUGUAUAUUGCCAUGGGGGACAUUUUUCAACCAUAUUUACAUAAGGAUGUUUCCUGGAUAUUUUUAUUAGUAUUAUAACCACUUCAUCAAUGUAAUACUUAACCAUUUAAUCAUACAGAUAAAAAAUGAUUGCAAUUUAUAUAAAGAACACUUGUCAAAUAAACCUAUUAACUAUCAUAGAUAAAUAAAUGUCACUUUGCUACUAGAAAAACAAAAAGUCUAUAUAUGGGAAGAAACUGUGACAUUUCCAAUAAUAAAUGCAGAAAUUGUCAAGUCUAUCAUCAGACAGUCGGAACUAUUUCUAAAUAUAAUACACAACAAGGAUUUUAUUUAAUUAAGUGCCUCCUGAUAUAGUAAUGAAUUUUUAAAAUGUUAAUUAACCAAAUGAAACUCAGCAGUUCAUAACACCAAUUUUUAAAGUAUAUAAAUUUUAUUAGUGAAUUGCGAU